UGUUUACUAACGUAAAAGUUAUGUUUACGAUAACAUAAAAAUAAACAAAGUUAUAAAACAAUAAACACUAGUUAUAGAAAAUGUGGGUGGAUGUUAGUGGUAGGGAAAGACAGAAUUAUAUGUCGGCCGCUAACGGAUCGUUUAUUCCUGGAUAUACAGGCCAUUGCCCGCUGCUGAAGUUUCGAUACGGGAAAUGCUAUGGUGAAAACACGCGGCAUAUUCUGAAAGAGAUACGCUCUAAAGGACUGUUCAACAAACCACUGAAGUACAGGCCAGGCGAUAACUACGAGAUCAACAACAUGCCGCGGCGUAGUGGCCCAAUGCGAGACGUAUACGAUGGUACAAGGCACAGACAGCCUGCGUACAUGACUGGCUAUACGGGAUACGUGCCUGGCAUGAAUUUCACUUACGGAAAAUCAUACGGGCGCGCGGCAGAUGACUGCAUGGCAGAUUUUAGUGCGAACCAAAGAGAGUUGCAACGGAAGACCGAUUUCAACCGGAGCUUCGUGAGAUCCCGAAGCGCGCCGAAAAUGGAAACAGUGCACUCAAGGGACGAGAUCCGACGCGAUCUGAACAGAUUCAUCGAGAUCAACAAAUACAAAGAAAACACAAUAUCACCAGAGUUUCCGCCCAUUGCGGGAUACACAGGCCACAUCCCACGAAUUAAGGGCUCCGAGGCCUCGCUCAGCCAACGCUACCACUGCGCCGCGAAGCGAGGCUUGGAACUUAUAAAGAUGGAGAGGGACAAACGGAAGGAGCUUCAAAACGCGAACGUCAACAUAAAAGCCAUCCUUAAAGAUAACGACAAAAAGUACUCCUAUUGGAACUGGGGAUAGCACACGGGGAGAAGAAUGUUCUUCACUAAAUGUCGAUGAAUAUUCUUCUUUAAGUUAUAAGGAACAGUAUUAAAAAAGUGUGUAUUGCAUUCUUGUGAUUUUCGUACCUUUUUUUGGUACCCGGUUCUUGUGAAAAAGUAUGAAAAUGCUCUGUUAUCGAUUAUACCAAUCGAAUCUGCGCUUAUGGAUACACGUGGUCACUACCAUCCGAUGCUACCUACCCACCUCGCGUAAUUGUCUUGACGGUAGGUAUUCACCGUGAGCAAACUGUGGUCACAUUUUUUCGCAAACGUUUACGUUUACGAUUUAAAUGGUAGGUUUUGCCUAGAACAAUCGGCAGGUACAGGUCUCGAAGCUACGCCUUCAUGCCCAUUCCUCACAGCAGACGCUAUCCGGACUUUAAAAUCCAAUAGUAAUAAAUGUAUACCCUGACCAGGAAAAUAAAUAACUCUGACAUAUUAAUAUUGCGGAUACACAAGGAAUCAUUUGUUUCUGUCAACUGUAUUGCCAUGCAAAUUUGGCGUCCCCAGAACAGGUUUAUUAUUUUCCGGGUCAGGCUUCACAGCUCUAGAAUGAGUGACCUAAUGCCACUCAUUCUAGAGCUGUAGAGUCCGAGAUAUAACGCCUGUUUAUAUUUUAAAAGUAGUGAAGUAAUUAAAGUAGAAGAAACAAUUAACUUAUAUCUAUACCACAGCCAUAAGUGUUAUAAG